AUGGCGAAACAGCCGACGAUGUUCCACAGGAUGGCGUCUGAAAUGGCGUUGGUUCACAAUUGCAUUCUCCGAGGUCUCAACGCCAUCUACCUGCAAGCUCCCCACAUCAAGCCCGAAGACGAGUUCAGCUUCGCGAAUUAUAUGCACCAGUGGUAUCGCAUGAUUCACGCGCACCAUAGCGGAGAAGAGCGCCUCUUUUUUCCGGCAGUAGAGAGACUCACAGGCAUCGUUGGGUUUAUGGACGUCAACAUCGAACAGCACAAAAGCUUCCACAACGGCCUGGAGUCCUUCGCCCAGUACAUCAAGGCUCUCAUCGCGCGGGAAGUAGCCUACGACGGUAACAGGGUUGUUUCUCUAAUCGACCGCUUCGGGAAGGAUUUGUGUCUUCAUCUCGAGGAGGAGAUUCCCACCAUCAUAAGUUUAGAAAAGUUCGGUACUGAGAAAAUGGCGCCAGUCGAGAAGAUCUUCGCACAAGAAGCCCAAGAGGUCAUGCUGACAUGGAGUAGCAAGAAAUGGGUUUUCUAG